AUGGUGGCCAAGUACAUUGCCGGCCUGCGGGCUCUGGCUGCCCGACGGGUCGUGACUCUCGUGGCCGCGGCCGCUGUUCUGGCCAGCAUCAUCGUCAUUCUCGUCCGGCUCGGGCCGCCCACGAAGCUCAACCUGCCAGACGUCAAGCUGCCCGACAUCGACAUGUCCAAGCUGCCGAACAUUCCGGGAUUUUCGGGAUCGCACGAGCCGGAGCACUAUGAGAAAUGCGACAGGAACAUUACCGAGCCCCUCAAGCAGUGGAAGGAAGCGCGGGAGAAAUAUGACAAACUGAUGGAUGACAAGUUCACAAUUGCGAUGCAGACUUAUAAGCGGCCCAAGGAGCUCGAGGAGACGAUGCGCGUUAUUCUGUCCGAGAAGAUUCCCUCGCUGCACGAAAUUGUCAUCAUCUGGAACAACCUCGAAGAGAAACCCCCCGGCAACUUCAAGUCUGAGACGGGCGUGCCUGUGCGCUACAGGGUGUCGGAGCGGAACAGUCUCAACAUGAAGCUCCUACCGGAUCCGGACUUCAAGACCCAGGCUGUGCUGCUUUCGGACGACGAUGUAUACUAUAAGCCGCAGGACCUCGAGUUUGCCUUUCAGACGUGGCGCAAGUUUGGUCAGCACCGAUUGACGGGGGCUCUCCCGCGUUGCGCGACGCCAGACGCAGAGGGCCACUGGGGUUACGGCUUCUGCUCCAAGGAUAGCAACCAGGAUGUCUAUUCCAUGAUCAUCACAAACCUGUGCUUCUCCCACAUGUCCUUCCUCGAUUACUACUCGUCCAACAACACGGUCAUGCAAAAGGUUCGUGAUUAUGUCGAUGAUCACUUCAAUUGCGAGGACAUUGCUCUCAACUAUGUCGUGUCGUACCUCACUGGCACCGGGCCGCUCCUGGUCAAGGGUCGCGACAAGUAUGUCAACUACGAGCCGGCUCAGGGCAUCAGCAAGAAGCCUGGCCACCUGGAGGCCCGAAGCAAGUGCUUGAACGACCUGACAAAGAUGUUUGGCUGCAUGCCGCUGGUCAAUGAGACGGCUCACAUUGAGCGUGGCGUUAUUGUCUUGUGAUUUUAUCGAGAAGGAAGGGCGAGGGGACCACGGCGUUUUUUAAAGACAAACCCUCAGCCCACGGCGUAUUUGCUUUUUGUAUCAGAGCAGAAUCAUUGGCGGGGGGCAUUAUCUCCGACGACGGAGUUAUAAUACGCGUCAGUCGUCAGACGGUUAAUUAAUGUCUUGGACGGGGAUGGACGGGUAAAACGGCGUCGAUCUCUUGGCGCUGGAAGCCUUGUUAUGAUUGGGAAUAGAGGGGCACGCACGAGUCUUGUGUGCAUAUUUGUAAAACUUGGAGGAUCUCUUGUUACUCGAUAUGUCUAUGUGUAGUUUAAUUUCUUAUCCUUACAAAAACAUGGAGUUAUGCGUGCAGAUAAUAAACUCAAGCCGCUAUUCAAUCCAAUUGCUAUG